AAAAAUAUUCAUUUUUAUUCGCCCAUUUGUUUUUUUCAUCUAUAUUUCAUUUCUUCCUUAAACAAACCGAAAAUGAUCUAGUUGACGUGAAUUGAUGAGCAUCGUGCAACACCGUCCCCAGACGGCGGUGGCGCCGCCUGGUUCCGGCGAGCCGAAACGCCACCCUGUGAACCCAACGACGGCAUGGAACCUUCGCCUAAUGGAGCUAUCAAAGCAGCGGCAGUACAAGGAAGCCCUAUCCCUAUACCGCCACAUGCUCCGCUCCUCCUUCCUCCCCAACACCUUCACCUUCCCCUUUCUCCUCAAAUCCUGCGCCAUCCUCUCCCUCCCCCUCACCGGUUUCCAGCUCCACGCCCAUGUCAUCCGAACCGGGUCACAACCCGACCCGUACACCCGCUCCUCCCUCAUCUCCAUGUACUCCAAAUGCUCCCUCCCCUUCCUCGCUCGCAGAGUCUUCGACGAAACUCACAACCUCCCCAUCUCCUACAACGCCAUGAUCUCCGGCUACUCCCUCAACUCCAUGUUCGCCGACGCCGUUAGCCUCUUCCGCCGUAUGCGCCGCGAAGAUGGGUCGUCGACGGUUAAGUUCAACUUCAACUCCGUCACCAUGCUGGGUUUAGUUUCCGGUUGCAACCUCCCCAACCACUUACCCACCGGAACCUGCCUUCACGGUUGCGCGGUGACGUUCGGGUUGGACGCUGAUUUGGCUGUUAUGAAUAGUUUUCUUACAAUGUAUGUGAAAUGCGGCGAGGUUGAACUUGCGCGCCAACUGUUCGAUGAAAUGCUUGUGAGGGAUUUGAUCUCGUGGAACGCUAUGGUUUCCGGUUACGCGCAAAACGGGCACGCUGCGCGUGUUUUGGAGCUUUACCAUGAGAUGAAGCUGAGAAGGAUGAGUCCUGACCCGGUUACGCUUCUUGCGGUUCUGUCUUCUUGUGCAAACCUUGGCGCGCAGGUGGUUGGUGUUGAAGUGGAACGGAAGAUAGAGCAAUGCGGGUUCGGGUCUAAUCCAUUUUUAACUAAUGCAUUGAUUAAUAUGUAUGCUAGGUGUGGUAAUUUGGCUCGUGCUCGGGCUGUUUUUGAUGGCAUGGUUGACAAGAGUGUUGUGUCAUGGACAGCUAUUAUAGGUGGUUAUGGGAUACACGGGGAAGGGGAAAUCGCGGUGGAGCUUUUUGAUGAGAUGGUGAGGUCCGGCGUUAGGCCGGAUCGGACGGUUUUUGUGACUGUUCUUUCGGCUUGUAGUCAUGCAGGGUUGACUGAUAAGGGAUUACAUUAUUUUGAUGAGAUGGAAAGGAAGUAUGGUUUGCAGCCUGGCCCUGAGCACUACUCUUGCUUGGUCGAUCUUUUAGGCCGGGCAGGUAGGUUGAAGGAAGCUAUGGAUCUCAUAAAAUCUAUGAAAGUGAAACCUGAUGGUGCUGUUUGGGGGGCACUUCUUGGUGCUUGUAAGAUACAUAAAAAUGUAGAACUGGCAGAGCUGGCAUUUGAGCAUGUCAUUGAGCUUGAACCCACUAAUAUAGGUUACUAUGUUUUGUUGUCAAAUAUAUACUCUGAUGCUAAAAACUCAGAAGGUGUUUUGAGAGUUCGAGUCAUGAUGAGGGAAAGAAAGCUUAGAAAGGAUCCAGGAUGCAGCUAUGUAGAGUAUAAAGGAAAAGUGCAUGUUUUUUACUCUGGGGAUAGGAACCAUCCCCAAAUGAAGGAAAUAUACAGAAAGGUAGCUGAGUUGGAAAAUUCUGUGAUGGAGAUUCAUCGCCCAGAUGAGAAGUAUCGAGUGAGGAGUGAAGAACUCUUAAAUGGUAAUGGGGUGCACAGUGAGAGAUUGGCAAUUGCUUUUGCUCUCUUGAGCACUAGGCCUGGAACAGAGAUUACUAUCAUGAAAAACCUGAGAGUGUGUGUGGAUUGUCAUAUAUUUAUGAAGUUGGUAAGUAAGAUUGUCAAUCGUCAGUUUAUUAUCAGAGAUGCCACUCGAUUUCACCAUUUUAGAGAUGGAGUCUGUUCUUGCAAGGACUACUGGUGAAACCAAUACAGCUCUGUUUCUGAAACAUUGGACAUUGAUAGAGCACAAUGAUGUCUGACCCUACCCACCUAGUUGAUUGUCACUGUUGGUGAGUGUAGAGAGGCCUGCAUCCAUGUUGGCAAAUUCCUGAAAAUAUGGAUGACGCAGUCCUGUAGAGAAAAAUCAUUGAAUGCUCUCAGCUUGGGAAAGGAAGAGUGGCGACCAUAACACAGGGUUUGCAUUUUUUGCUGGAGGGUAAAGAGAUAAAGAAAAAGUCGAUUGCUUGGCAUAUAGCACAAUCAAUGCUGUGUCUGCAGAGAAUUGGUUAUGAUAUUCAGGGUUCAGUUUUAUGCAAUUUUCUGUAGAAAUUCUGGACCAGAAUUCACUCGGAUAUUUGGAAGCUGUCUUGUGGUCCACACCAUUCUUUUAAAUAGUAUCCUACAAAAGAGAGGGUGACCAACCUUUAUUCCCUAUUUCCCUUCACUCCAAAAAUUCCUCCUAUCCCUUGCCCAGCCUCCAAUUUUUCUCCACCCUGCCAACAAAUUAACUGGUCCAAUAUGUUGAAAAUACAAAAGUUCAUAGAAUUUUUUCCAGUUUAUAGCUGAGACUUCAGACUUCUAGCAAUCAGCACUAUCAUGGCACAACACAAGCAAACGUUUCUAAUAGGAAGUUUGCUUUUGACAGUUCUGUCAGCUAUGGUUUUUAUUCUUCAGUCUGUAGUCACUACUUAAUUGAUUCUUUUAUGUCCCCUUAUUUUUAUUUUACCCCAAAGGUGGAUUUGGGAAGGUAAGGGAUCAAAAGUAUCACCAGUUUCUUAUGGUUAGAGAUCAAGAAAUUCUAUGAGAAAUUAAAAACAAACUGUCUGGGUUUCUAUUAUUCUUGCAUUGUUCUUUUUCCCCCCAAGGGUUUUUCCUACUGGGUUUUUCCUUGGGUGGAUUUAAUGAGCUCUUCAUUAGCUCUCUAGCUACCAAAUCAGUUAAGGUUGUCUUUGUGUUGUU